ACGUCGCGCUUUUCUUAUCAGCGCAGUGGAUGACGCAGAUGUGGUCGGCAGUUAAAGGGCUUUCAAAUGUUAUACAGUAACUGGACUGUCGAUGCUCAAGCUCUUCUCAGCUCAGUUCACCGACCUUGGGUCAUUUUCAGGACGGAGGCGGUGAGAGAGUGCUCUCUUUCUACCAUUCAUUGAAAACAGGAAGAGGAAGUAAAGCAAGUACACGAGUGCAUUCACGAGGUCAUCAUAGCCUGACAUGCCUGUGUUUCCACUGCUGCUAUGGAGCACGUAACUGCUAGUGAGCAAACGUCCGCUACACUGAUGUACCGCGUGGAACGUCCCGUAUUCAAUGAAGGCUAUAUUGACUCAGAGCUUCUGCAUAGGAAGAAGAGGACACCCAAGUCCUUUCAACGGAGAAUAGCUGAGCAUCUCCGCUGUUCGUCUGAUAAAGCCAAAUCUGUUGUAUUUGGUUUUCUGCCUAUUUUAACAUGGCUGCCAUCAUAUCCACUAAAGCAAUACUUGUUUGGAGACAUAGUUUCUGGCAUCAGCACGGGUGUAAUGCAGCUACCUCAAGGUCUUGCAUAUGCGAUGUUGGCAGCUGUUCCUCCAGUGUUUGGUUUAUAUUCAUCGUUUUAUCCCGUACUAUUAUACACAUUCUUUGGUACCUCCAAACAUAUAUCAAUAGGUACUUUCGCAGUAAUCAGUCUGAUGAUUGGCGGGGUUGCUGUAAGGGAGGCCCCGGACUCUAUGUUUGCAGUCAACGGGACCAACGCUUCACAGGUUGUGGAUUUUGAGGCUCGUGAUGCCAGAAGAGUGGAGGUGGUUGUAGCUCUGACCACCCUAGUAGGAAUCAUUCAGUUUGUUCUGGGUCUGCUGAGAUUUGGCUUCCUGGCGAUUUACCUCACUGAACCGCUGGUGCGAGGUUUCACCACAGCUGCCGCUGUGCACGUCUCUGUGUCGCAGAUCAAGUACCUGCUGGGAGUGCACACUGCGCGCUUCAACGGGCCACUCUCUGUAGUAUAUAGUCUUGAUGCUCUCUUCAGGAACAUUGCAAGCACUAAUGUUGUUACGCUAAUUAUUGGACUGGUGUGUAUGGUGUUCCUGUACUUCGUCAAAGAUCUCAAUGAACGCUUCAAAAAGAAGCUACCCAUCCCAAUACCUGGAGAAAUCAUUGUGGUAAUUAUGUCCACUGGAAUCUCGUAUGGGAUGGUUAUGUCUGAAAACUAUGGAGUAGAAGUUGUGGGUAAAAUUCCCACAGGGUUGCUGCCACCCAAGAUUCCAGACUUCUCGGUCUUUCCUAACCUCUUCCCAGACGCCUUCGCUAUAGCUGUUGUUGGCUUCUCAAUUGCAAUAUCAUUAGCCAAAACCUUUGCUCUUAAGCAUGGCUACAGUGUGGAUGGAAAUCAGGAGCUCAUCGCACUGGGACUUUGUAACUUUAUGAGUUCAUUCUUCCACACGUUUGUUGUUACCGCCUCAAUGUCUCGCAGCAUGGUACAGGAGAGCACAGGAGGACAUACUGAAAUUGCAGGACUCUUGGCGUCCUUACUUGUGCUACUGGUGGUGGUGGCCAUUGGAUUUGUCUUUCAGCCAUUACCUACAACGGUGUUGGCUGCUAUCAUCAUGGUCAAUCUCCUUGGGAUGUUUAAGCAAUUGAAAGACAUUCCUGCAUUAUGGAGAACCAGCAAGAUCGAACUGGCGAUUUGGAUGGUGUCCUUUUUUGCAUCAGUUCUUCUGGGUCUGGAUUAUGGUCUGGUGGUUGCCAUGGGUUUUGCCAUACUCACAGUUAUUUACAGAACACAAUGCCCUAAAAAUGCUCUUCUUGGACAAAUCCCAGAUACAGGACUGUACUUUGAUGUGGAUGAGUAUGAAGAGGCUGAGGAAUGCUCAGGGAUUAAGAUUUUUCAGUCCAAUACUUCCAUAUACUUUGCAAACAGUGACCUGUAUGUGAGCGCCCUCAAGGCAAAGACUGGAAUUGACCCAGCACAACUGCUCUCUGGCAGGAAAUCACAGCUAAAAUAUGCGAAAAGAGACAACGGGGAGAGGAAGGCUGUAAACCACUGCUCUCCAGCGAAGAAAAAUGCAGUUGUCUUAUUGGAUGUGGAGCUGGGCGUCACUCAUGAGGUGGUGGCUGGGCCGAAGAAGCAGAUGGAUCAUGUGUAUACCAAUGGCCAGAUGAAUGAGAACCACACUGAGUCUGAAUCUGAGGAUGACUUCUUUCUCCAGCGUCUAACCCCCAUUCACACCAUCAUACUGGACUUUACUCCUGUUAACUUUAUUGACUCAGUAGGAGCCAAAACCAUUAAAUCAGUGAUAAAGGAGUUUGCAACAGUCGAUGUAAAAGUUGUGCUUGCUGGAUGUAGCAGGACUCUUCUCUCUGAUCUCAGGACACUAAAAUUCUUCUGUGAGCCCGUGACCCCUGACCUCAUUUUCCCCACCAUUCAUGACGCAGUGUUGCAUAGUAAGCGCUCGAGGGAUGUCCCCGUCUGCCCUGACGUCCAGUGAACACACAAACCAAACUGAGGGGCAGAAUAUGGAUAGAGUCGUGCUGAAAUAAGCACAAGUACUGUUACUCCUGAGUCACUUUAGAAUGGAUAUCACUUUAGGGUGUCAUGAUAACAAGGAGACCGUUUUAGCAGUGAGCAGGCCAAAAUGUUUUAGAUGGAAACACUUUAUUUAAUGUGAAUAUACCAGAAAAUGUUGCGCUUAAUAUGAUUGGUGCUGCUGUUUUAUUGCACUAGACGUAAUCGUAAGCUCCACUGCAAUUUGUUACUGUCGACUAUAAAACACUCUGUACCUUCAGUUCUUUUAAGUGCAAUUAGUGUAGAUGGAUUUUUAACCAUUGUUUACUUUUUAGCACUGGUUUAAAUAUUUUAUUGACAUUCCAAUUAGCUUGUUUUUAUGAUAGAAAUUAAGUUUUACAAUUGUACACCAUGUGCUAGUUUUUCUUUUUGCUGUAUUUAAUUUUUAUUUUUGGAAGUCUGCAGUUAUUCAUCUGACUGUAGUAUUCAGUAAAAGAAGAGCUAAUAUGUUACAUUUUUAAAAACCUGAUCACAUAAUUGCACUGUUGGUGAAGAUGCUGCUUUCCGUUUCAUGAUAUAUAUUUUAAUCUGACAUUUCUGAGAAAACGCUUGCCAGAUAUUGAUUGUAAUGUUUUGUUUUAGGUUUUCCUCCUCCUCCACUCAAUCGGUGACACAUUUGGCUAAAGGCUUAUCUAGGUUGCUCCAGGGGUUCUUGGAACCAAUUGCAAUUUGUUUUUGUAGCUACAAAGAACAUUUAACAUAAAGGGGUCUUAGUUAGUGAUUACUGAAACAGCCGUUUCCACAAAGUCUUGGAAAAUUGAAUUCAGGUGUUUUUGCCUUUUGAACAUUACAUGGAAAGUCCACAGGCUGAGACUGUCUUGGACAUGUUUGACACACAUGCUGCCUAUGAAAUGUCCACAACGAGCACUUUUUGUUUCAAGUCAAGUGUUCACUCACAAUUACCCAUCAAUUUGAGAUUUUUUCUGUACUGAUAUUUAAAUGCUGUUUCAUUACAGUAAUGAAGACCAAAGCUCAACAAUCAGUUGCUACUGCGUAUAAAGUGGUGAAUUUUAUUGUCUUUUAUGCUGGUGUGGAUUUAAGAUAUUUUUGUAUAAUAAAUGCAAAUCAGUACUCUAAAUUAUUAAACAUUUAUUCCUAAAAUGUGCCUUUCUAUUUAUAUAAUUUUCUGUAUGUAUUACUAAUUUAUUACAUAUAACAAGUCUACUAAACUGAAGGGGGAAAAUACUUUUGAUAUUAAGCAAUAAAAAGAAGACAAGUA